UAUAAAUUCUCCUGCUCGGCCCCAGGCCCAUCACUGGCUCACGCAGACGCUCGUAGGACUGAACUCGGUCCUCAGUUUCACAAUGUCGUCAGACCACCAGCUGCCAGCCUCCAAGCAACAGCAAACCAGCCCGAAGAUCGUUGUCUUUGAGCAAGAAAAUUUCCAAGGUCGCUGCCAUGAACUUAAUGCUGCUUGUUCCAAUUUGAAGGAAGCUGGAAUGGAGAAAAUUGGCUCCAUCCUAGUACACUCUGGACCCUGGGUUGGCUAUGAGCAGCCAAACAGCAAAGGCGAGCAAUUUGUGUUUGAAAAGGGCGAGUAUCCGCGCUGGGAUUCCUGGACCAACAGCCGGAGGAGUGACACUAUCAGUUCCCUGAGACCCAUCAAAGUGGACAGUCAGGAACACAAGAUCGUGCUCUAUGAAAACCCCAGCUUCACCGGCAAGAAGAUUGAGAUCAUAGAUGACGACGUGCCCAGCUUCCAUGCCCAUGGCUACCAGGAGAAAGUGUCGUCGGUGCGGGUGCAAAGCGGCACCUGGGUCGGAUACCAGUACCCUGGCUACAGAGGCUACCAGUACCUGUUUGAAAAGGGGGACUAUAAGGACAGCUCAGAGUUUGGUGCCCAGCACCCCCAGAUUCAAUCCGUCCGGCGCAUCCGGGACAUGCAGUGGCAUCAGCGAGGGGCCUUUCACCCCACCAACUGAGGCCUCUCCCCUCUCCUGAGUGCCCGGAGGAGGAAGGAAACCAGAACGAGCUUGUAUGUGACCUGCUGCUGUUUCCCAAAGGCCUUGCUCUGCCGCCGGCCACCGAGUGACUACGGCUGCUCUGCUGUGGAAGCAGCUGAAUAAAGCUUUGAGUUUCAAAC